CCGUAUUUGCGCGAGGGGUCCCUGUCACCGUCGUCCUCCGGAGCAGCGCCCGGUCCUCUCCCGCUCAUCCGCGCAGGUUGAACUGACCAAAGCAAUGGUUAUGGAGAAGCCUAGUCCCCUGCUGGUCGGGCGGGAAUUUGUGCGACAGUACUACACACUGCUGAACCAGGCCCCGGACAUGCUGCACAGAUUUUAUGGAAAGAACUCUUCCUAUGUCCAUGGGGGCCUGGAUUCAAAUGGAAAGCCAGCAGAUGCGGUCUAUGGACAGAAGGAAAUUCAUCGGAAAGUGAUGUCACAAAACUUCACCAACUGCCACACUAAGAUCCGCCACGUGGACGCUCAUGCCACGCUCAAUGACGGCGUGGUGGUGCAAGUGAUGGGGCUGCUGUCCAACAACAAUCAGGCCUUGCAGAGGUUCAUGCAGACCUUCGUCCUCGCUCCUGAGGGCUCAGUGGCCAACAAGUUCUACGUUCACAAUGACAUCUUCAGAUACCAAGAUGAGGUCUUUGGUGGCUUUGUUACGGAGCCCCAGGUGGAAUCUGAGGAGGAAGUAGAAGAACCGGAGGAAAGGCAGCAGACACCGGAGGUGGUACCUGAUGAUUCUGGAACUUUCUAUGAUCCCACAAAUGUCAGGAACUUUAGGCGUGCUAUGGUGCUGCAGAGUUCCUUUGGGUGUGUACAGGGACCGAGAUCUUCUUCAUGUGUAGAUUAUGGGAACGUGGUGGAGCUGCGCAUUAACAGUGGCGGGAAGUUACCCAACUUUGGUUUUGUCGUGUUUGAUGAUUCGGAGCCUGUUCAGAGGGUCCUCAGCAACAAGCCCAUCAUGUUCAGAGGCGCCGUCCGCCUGAAUGUGGAGGAGAAGAAGACUCGAGCCGCCAGGGAAGGGGACCGUCGGGAUAACCGCAUUCGGGGACCUGGAGGCCCCCGAGGUGGGCUGAGUGGUGGAAUGAGAGGCCCUCCCCGCGGAGGCAUGGUGCAGAAACCAGGGUUCGGUGUAGGCAGGGGGAUUGCUCCGAGGCAGUGAAUUGCUCAACACUGAUCUUCACGCAGCACACAGCCCCAGCUCCUGCAGCAUGGUGAAUUUCUUCAGCCGGCCUUUGGUGUCUUGGAGUAGUCUGUUAUAAACUGCUUGAGUCUGUACAGUUUUCUUUCUCUGUGUUCGAGGUGUGUGUUCCACCCCGUCCCGUCCUCUCCCGACCUUUAGUCCUUCACUUCAGUUUUCUGGACUGAUACUUUAGGAAUAAUAGAUUUUUAAAGAAGAAGAAGAAGAAGAAAGACUGAACUUCCUGCUCUCUUUGCAUAUACAGACUUCCCCAAAGGAGCGAUUCUGGCUUACCACUGACGUUGGGAUAUUUCGUUCAUUGGAAUAUUUCUUAUUUUCUACACGCUCGAAGCCUGUGAGACACAGGAUUUGAUAAACAUUUUGGAAGCAGGAAAAGUCCAAAUUGUUUAAGUUACAACCACCUUCUGAUGUGGAAAAAUUGCCAUUUGGAAGCCCUUGCUGGUGUGGGUAACCGAAUAAAAGGUGUUAAUGGAAAAAAAAAAAAA